AUGCCGACUCCACAAGAAAGCAAGCUAGCCCCAAAAGGCCGCCGAAACGUCAAAACAGGCUGCAAGACUUGCAAAACGCGGCGCGUGAAAUGCGACGAAAAAAAACCAGCCUGCCAUCGCUGCCUCUCAACAGGCCGAGUCUGCGACGGCUACGGCAUCUGGGGCGGCGGGGGAACCCCCUACAGCGCAUAUUCCAGCACAACAACUACCACUAGACCCGGCAGUGCAGGCAUAACCCAACCACACACCACAAAAUCCCUAUCAAUCUACAACACCCCAGUACCAACAGGAAGUCUAACCAACGAAGAACAAUCCAGCUUCGACUGGUUCAUGCGUAAAACAUCAACAAAAUUUGCUGGUCUUUUCACCUCCCAAUUCUGGGAGAUGCUAAUCUUCCAAGCCAGCGCGCAAGAACCCGCCGUGCGCCACGCAGUCGUUGCGCUUUCGGCCGCUCAUCGUGCGGAUCUGGCACGCGCUUUGCCGGCAAUGUAUACUGCCGGGGCGGGCAUGGAGGAGAUAUUUAUACUUUCGCAAUACAACAAGGCGAUUCGGCAUCUGAGACUUGUGAAAGCGGCGACGUCUUCGAAGGCUAUUCGUGUGGCGCUGAUUACUUGUAUGCUUUUUGUGACGUUGGAGUACUUGAGGGGUCAGUAUCAGAUGGGCAGUGCACAUUUGCGAUAUGGGAUUCAGCUUUUGUCGAGCAUUUCGUCUCCGCAGUCUGCAGUGGACAGUGAUGUCUUGGGGUCGAUGACGCCGAAGGUGCUGAGUGCAGCCGAGGACUCGGUGCAUGAUGCUCUCAUCGAGUCGUAUACGCGAUUGACGAUUCAAUCCGCCAUGUUUGGGCAUGUCCCCGCGCAUCUUUGCAUGGUUCGCGACCCGAAGAUUUAUUCGCUCUUGGACGCGUUUUCGAGUCCCGUGCAGGCGAGACAGAUGUUGGAUAAUUUGCUGAAUAGGGUUCAUUGUUUCAAGAGACAUAUCUACCAUCUUGAGCAGACCUCGGAUAUCACUCUGUGUCUGAGACGCGCGCAAAUGGAUGAACUCAUUUCUACGCAGCGGGGGAUACUGGUAGAUCUCUCCCUCUGGCGGAAAUCAUAUAAUGCUUCCAUGACGUUGCUGGACGCGGAGGCCUCCAGGAGAGAUAAAGUUGGAUUCCUGCUCUUGAAAACAUACCACGAGAUGGGAGUAAUAAUGGCGUCAGCUUCCCUGGCCAUUGAGAAAGGGGAGUGUAUUUUCGACGAGUACACGGAUCAUUUCGUCAGGCUUUUAUCUGCUUUCUUUGAAUCGUGGCGAUGUUGGUCGACGAUCAGUCUUCCGAUUAAAGAGUUGCAUGAGAUGAUACGAAGUGGCAAUGGAAGUGGAAGUGGGAUAGAGCAUUCGUUUACGAUUGAGUCCGGGUUCAUCCCACCUAUUUACUAUACCGGACUGAAGUGCCGGGUGCCUAAGAUUCGGAAGCUUGUUAUGAGAUUGUUGAAAGCCGCGCCGCAUCGGGAGGGUGUUUGGAAUGGGUUACUUUUGGCGGAUGUAUUGAGGGAGGUCAUGAGGGUUGAGGAGAAAGAUGAUUCUCAGAAAUUUUUUAGAGAGGAUGAGGAUGAGAUCGAGCACUUUCUUGACCUGAAUUCGUGGCUGAAUGGGGACUUGAAGACGGAGGUUCCGUCUGAAAGAAGGAUAUACGACCUGAAAGUUUUGUUGCCGGAUGUUGUCGGGGGUGAGACGUUUAUGAGCUAUCGGAUGAAAGGGCUUGGAAAGUGGGUGAGUUUUCGUCGGAAAGUGGAACGGAGUCCUGGACGGUGGUCGGUUCUUUAA